AUGGGGGGCUGUGGAUCGAGAGAAAAAGAAUUAAGAGAAAAAGUAGGAUUCUCUUAAAGCGACUAUGAUUAUGCACUAAAAAAAUUCAGUAAGAUGACAAAAUAAAAACCAGGGAAAGCAGAUGAAUAUUUUAGUUUCGAAGGCUUUAAGCAAUAUUUUACUGAGAAUCCUGUGUUAGCAUAAAAGCUCUAUAUUUUUAUGAGAAACUAUGGGGGCUAAAAUUAUGUCGAUAGCCUCACAUUUCUUACAGUCGUGGAUCUAUUUACUAGAGUUUCAAUGAAAUUGCAAAACUAACUGAAGAACUUGGACAUAUAUACAUUAUUUACAUUGGUGUCUUUAUCAAGUCCAGAUAUUAUGUAAAAGGAUUCCUUCAAUUUGAAUAAUGUGUACAAGAUAAGUGUUAGCUAUUCAAAUGCAGUGAAGCUAUUUAAAGUAACCUCUUCCUUGUCAUUUUAGGAACUCAUAAACAUGUAGAGUGAUAAAGGAGACAUUUUAUGCCAUGAUGACGAUCAAGCACCAAUUUUGAUUAUCAACAACAUCUUUGAAAAUCACUCCUUAUUGAAUUACAAAGCUUUUAAUGAUAAAAUUAAAACAGAAGCUCCUCUUAUUUGCAAAAUUGUUAAGAAUUACAUAGCAGGCAAAUUCGUUAAUAAAACUUUGAGAAAUACAUUACCAAAAUUAGACCCAAGUGAACUUAUGAAUAAAUAAUUGAUAGGUAUUAAAUUUAUGUCAUUUUAAGCUUUACUCAAUCUAAGUGUGCCAUGGUUCUAGAAGUGUAUUGCAAUUAAUUAAAUUUAUGAAUACGAAGUGGAUACAGGAUAAUAAUACAAUUUUAAUAUCCUUGGAAAUUGCUUACUCUAAGCCAAAGGGCCAAAUAUGAUUCUAUUUAGGCAUUCCCAAAAGGAUAAAGAUGGCGAGAAAUUAGAGAAAUAUGUAUUCGGUUAUUUUUCACCAUCCUAAUGGAGAGUCUCUCCUGAUAUUUCAGGAAAUAAAGGAUCUUUCAUAUUCUCCAUCCAUCCCAAAUUCAAAAUAUUUUCAACUAAUGGUUAACAAUAAAGUAAAUUUGCUUUGCUAGUUCCAAUCAUUACAAAGAGAUAAAGUUAAACACUCCAUUCACCUCUGAAAUAAGGACCAAAAUAACCUGGCUUGGGAAUAGGAGGAAGUGGUUAUGAUCAUCAUAGAAUUUGGAUUGAUGGGAAAUAACUCUAGGCAAGUAGAUUAGUGGAAGAGGAUAAAACAUUUUAAAGUGGUUCAAUAUUACCUGAAGAUAUACAUUUGCUAAAUAUUGACCUAAUAGAAAUAUGGGAUCUACAAUUAAGCACUGUAGGACAAGGCACUUCUUAUUUUAAAUCAACAUCUCCUCAUGUGCAUUUUGGUGAUGCUGAAAAAAGAAUUAACUAAAAUCAAUUGAGAGAUUUGAUUAUUACCUUAAAUUAAUAAUAAGGAAGAAAUGACUAUAGAAGAGAUACAAGGGAAUUUUAGACUACCAAUCCCUUGCUUCCAAUAAAUGAAGAGGAGGAGGAAAAAUAAUAAGCAAAAUGA